AUGCAGCCUCCCUCUGAGGUGACGUGUCAUCUGAAUUCCACUUUCGAGCGCAAAGAAAAAACUAAAACCCCUCGAGCUAAGACUGGUCAGAGGUUAACGCGAGGAGCUCAGGUCGCUCUUGGUCUUCUGCAGUCUGGAGAAGAUCUCCUUGAAGAGCGCCUUGUACUCCGGCGUGUUCUGGCUCAGCCGCUUGUCCACCUGCUCCACCUGCCGGCUGAUGCCCUCCAGGGCCUCGGGGGUGGACGGGGCCUGAGGGGGCGUGGGCGUGGCGGCGGCGGCGGGCGUGGCGGCGGUGGCAGGCCCGGGCUCGGCGGCGGCGGCGGCCAUGCUGUACUCCCUCAGGGAGGGGUCCCUGGACACGGGCCGGGAGGUCUGCACGCCGGCGUGGCGCAGGCUGUCCUCGUGGCGCCGGCACUUGCCCAGCAGCUCCUC